GUGUGUCUGUGUCAGUGCGCGCGCGCGCGCGCGCGUGUGUGUGUGUGUGUGUGUGUGUCUGGCGCCUGUCCAAGGUGAUUUCCCAUAAACCACAUGCCUCACAAGUCCGCUUAAAAGGCUGUGCCGAGGAGCUGGCCAGUGGAGCCCGGCUCGGGGAAAGUGAAAGUUUUCCUGGGUGCUCUCUGCGCCGCCGCGGGUCCCUCCGCACUCCUGGGACAGCAGCGCGGGCCUCGGCCGGGGCGUGGACUCUGCAGCGGCCAGCGAGCGAGAGAACGAGAGAGCGAGGGCGGCCGACGCGCCCGGCCGGGACCCAGCUGCCCGUAUGACCGCGCGGAGCGCCGCCGGGCGCUGCCCUCCCACGACAUGGCUGGGCCCCCUGCUGCUGGUGGCCUGUCUCCUCGUGAGCAGGAGUACUACCGAGGAGGUGUCGGAGAACUGUAGCCACAUGAUUGGGAACGGACACCUGCAGUUCCUGCAGCAGCUGAUUGACAGUCAGAUGGAGACCUCGUGCCAAAUUGCCUUCGAGUUUGUAGACCAGGAGCAGUUGAACGACCCCGUGUGCUACCUUAAGAAGGCAUUUCUCCUGGUGCAAGACAUAAUGGAGGACACCAUGCGCUUCAAAGACAACACCCCCAAUGCCAAUGUCAUUGUCCAGCUCCAGGAACUCUCUCUGAGGCUGAGGAGCUGCUUCACCAGGGACUAUGAAGAACAGGACAAGGCCUGUGUCCGAACUUUCUAUGAGACGCCUCUCCAGUUGCUGGAGAAGAUCAAGAAUGUCUUUAAUGAAACAAAGAAUCUCCUUAAAAAGGACUGGAACAUUUUCAGCAAGAACUGCAACAAUAGCUUUGCUAAAUGCUCCAGCCAAGAUGUGGUGACCAAGCCUGAUUGCAACUGCCUGUACCCCAAAGCCACCCCUAGCAGUGACCUGGCCUCUGUCUCCCCUCAGCAGCCCCUCGCCCCCUCCAUGGCCCCUAUGGCUGGCUUGACCUGGGCUGACUCUGAGGGGACAGAGGGCAGCUCCCUCUUGCCCAGAGAGCAGGCCCUUCGCACAGUGGACCCGGGCAGUGCCAAGCAGCGACCACCCAGGAGCACCUGCCAGAGCUUUGAGUCACCAGAGACCCUGGGCGUCGAGGGCCACCCCACUGGAGAUUCACCUCAGCCCCAGCACUCUGUCGGAGCUCCUGUCACUGGGAUGGAGGACAUUCUUGACUCUGUGCUGGGCACUAACUUGGCCCUGGAAGAGGCCUCCGGAGAGGCUAGUGAGGGUCUUAUACCCCAAAGGGCAGAGCUUGCCUCCCGCACGUUGCGGGGCGGCAGCGUCCAGGCAGAGACUGCCUGGCCCAGCCGUCUCCUCUCAGCAUCUUCACCAGUCUCUGCGUCAGGAAAGGGCUGGCAGCCUGCGGAUGUAACUAGCACACCACUGCCCAUGGUGGGCCCCGUGAGACCCACCGAGGCCUGGAGUCACACACCUGAGAACGCAGACCAUUCAUCUGCCUCGCCCAGAGACCACCAGGAGCCAGGCUCUGCCGGGGCCCCAGCACUGCGCCCGCACGGCCUCAGCAGUCCCUCUGCCCCCUCUUCUCAGCCAAGGCUUCCCAGAAGCCAUUCCUGGGGCAACGUGCUGCCCCUUGGGGAGCUGGAAGGCAAGAGGAGCACCAGGGACCGGAGGAGCACCGCAGAGCUGGAAGGAGGACAAGCAAGUGAGGGGGCGGCCAGGCCCCCAGCCCGUUUUAACUCCGUUCCUUUGACUGACGCAGGCCGUGAGAGGCAACACAAGGAGCCCUCCGACCCCCAGCUCCCCGGCUUUGUCUUCCGCCUGCUGGUGCCCAGCAUCAUCCUGGUCCUGCUGGCUGUCGGCGGCCUCCUGUUCUACAGGCGGAGGCGGCGGAGCCAUCGAGAGCCUCAGACAGUGGAUUCUCCCAUGGAGCAACCAGAGGGCAGUCCCCUGACCCAGGAUGAGGACAGACAGGUGGAACUGCCAGUGUAGAGGGAAUUCUAAGACCCCUCACCAUCCUGUUCGCCCUCCUUUGGACACACUCGUUUGUCAAUGUCCCUCUGAAAAUGUGGUGCCCAGCCCUGGACACAGUGCUCCAGAUGUUGUCUGACCAGCUCAGAGUACAGUGGGACUGUUACCUUCCUUGAUCUAAACAGUGUUCUUCUAUUCGUACAGAUUAAGAUUGCAUUCGUGUUUGUUUGUUUUUUUAACAACCACAUCAUUCUGUUGUCAUAUGUUGAGCUUGUGGUCUAUUAAAAUCCCUAGCUCCAUUUCCCAUAAACCUCUGUCAAGCCGGACUCUAUCCUGUACUUGGAGAAUUUACUUUUUUUACCAAUGUGCAGGAAUUUAUAUUCAUCCUUGUUAAAACCACCUUGUGGGCUCAGGCCUAUCAUCUGAGCCUACUGAAAUUGUUUUAAAUCCUAAUUCUGUUUUCAUAGCCCUCCCAAUUGUGUCUGCUGCACAUAGAUGAGUGUCUUCUGUUGUCCUCGCCCAUGUUUUUGAUAAACAUGUGCCUCUUAUCACUCCUCACCCUGGGCUCCCCGAUUCCAGGCAGCCCACGGCCCUCCUCCCUUCCUUCCCCUCAGACCACAAUCAGGCUGCAGGAAUCAGCCCUUCCUGAUGGUCUCCAUCACCCUCUGGUUGCUCUUUUAGUUCAUACUCCUCUGCUCUUUUGUAUUUGGUUAAUACUAUAUCGAUUUGCACUUACUUGGAUGUUGUUUGUUUUUAUACAUUUUAAAAUCUUACUUGAUGCAUACGUGUACAUUCCGUACCCCUAAGAAGUCUGUAAGCCCCUUGAGGGCAGGGACUGUGUCUUCUACUUUUUUUGCAUUUCUUUUUCUAUCCUGAGUCCUAAACAGAGAGGGCUUCUUCAUACUUGCUAAGAACUCAAUAAAUGCUGACUGACCGGCUUCAGGGCUGACUGGCCGAUUGGCCCUGGCCGGCUGUCUCUAACUGUCUAGCCUUCUGGCUGACCAGUUAACCAGCUAACUAAUUGACUUUGACUGGCUGACCAGCUGGCUGGGUGACUCUGACCAGUUACUAGCUAGUAACUGCCUAACUGGCUAGUCGAUUGGUGAGCUGAUUGGCUAACUGACUGGCUGGCUGCUUGCCUAAGUUGCUGAUUGGCAGGCUGGCUGACUAGCUGGAGUGAACCCAUUCAAGUUUCCAGUCACAUCCCAUGCCAAAUGCAAGCCAGCCCUUCAGGGCCUUCUCAUGUGUAGAGUGACAGGUCUGGGCCACUCCUAGCGAGAUAGGGGAUCUGCCAAAUGCUGAAAACCAGGGGAGCCUAUUUAGAAAACAGCAAGAAGUAACACAUCUGGAAUCCUGGGGUCCACCUUGUUGGUAGGGUGAACUAAGAUGGGUCAGAUGGGACACUAGCAGGGCUGCGAGAAUGACGCAUACCCCGUCAGGACUGGCAAGCAGAGGAGGGAGCAAGGUCCCUAGGGACUUCAUGGCUCAAAGCUGCAUCACCCUCUGACUGGUCGCCUGCCUCCCCCCUUGGUCUUGGCCCUCUGCCUGCCUAAUCUCAGGCCCUCCCAAGCUUUCCUCUUCCUCCCCUUAAAAUUUCACUUAGCGAGGAACCCAGGGCAGAGGCCACAUCCAGACCUCCACUUGGAUCCAGCCCUAAAGUGGUCUCCAGGCCAGGUGGCAGGAGCCUCAGGGAGACUCAGGGCCAGCCUCAAGACUUACUGCUGCUCUAGUGAGAGAAAUGACAGGGGGAAACACAGAGGCAGAGGUCUGAGAGAGGGACCCUCAGAAAGGAAACGUGGACACCAGACCCUCCACUCCAAGCAACCAAGACAUAGGGGCAAUGGGCUGGAGGUUGCCCAUUUGGUUCUUCUUCCCUCCUGGCCCCAGCAGGGCCUGUGGCCUGGCUGUACCCAGCAUGGCUCAUGUCCAGUUUAUGGUCCUCCCUUCUUCCCCUUCCAGAACAUGGGAAUGGGCUGGGAGCCAGAAGCUGUGGUCCUAUCUUUCCUCCUUACCCAUCACGGGUUUUGCUAGUAGGGCCCAUGGACAGUCAGGGAGGGAAGCUCCACACUGGGUCCAAAGUCAAACUGUUGGAUGGAGUCCAGGGGAUUUCUGCUCUGGGAACAAAGCGUUCUGAGGACAAGGAUGGGGGAGGGCUUGGAGAGAGCAGGGCCCUGACUCCUACGGAUGAUGCAGGGAGGCAAGUCCCUUGGUCCAUCCGGCAGGAGGCUGGCUUGCUUAGGGGUUAGCAUGCCAAAUGGCAGGGUGGGAGUUUCCUUGUCCGGAACUGCCUCCACUUCUUCCCCUUCAGAUACCUCUGCCCUGCUGUCCUGAAUAUCAUGUGUGAUGACCCUCUGUGAUGAGUGGUGAGGAGGUGGGAAUGAGCAAUUCCUCUUCUUUGCUAGAGUUAGCAGGAUUCACUCUUGAUUUUUUUAGACCAAGGACAGUGAAAUGGUCUUUCCUGAGGAGGGGUCUAAGGACAUGCAAGUGCCCCCUUCCCUCCCUGUCAGACCCCUCCACUUGAGCAAUGCCCCCUACCCCAGCCCUGCUGAGACCUCUACCAGGCCCUGUUACCUCCCCCUAUGGUCCCUGGUUCCCCAGGAGGAGGUAGGAGGUGAGGCCAGUCUGCCCAGUGGCUUGGGCUGCUGCCAGAGAAAGCUGCCCGGUCCCUUGUGGUGUCUGGGGUGGCUGGGAAGGCGAGGGAAAGGAUGGGGGAAGGCGAGGGAAAG